AUGGCUUCACCCAGAAUCCUUGUCCUGCUGCCUCUCAUGAUGUUGAGCACCAUCCGGCUCCUGCCCAUGGUUGGCAAUGGGCUGCAUGAGGCCACAGGGUUCCACAUGCAGCAGCGUGCGGAGCUCCAGAAGAUGGAGAUAACUGGGCUGCUGGACGAGGUGGAGGAGAGGAGCCUGGAGGAGACCAAGCCGAGCCUGGAGGAGAUGGAGCCAAGUGUGGAGGAGAAGGCAGUGAUCCUGGAGGAGAGCGACUUUUCGUGGGGAGUCCUCCUCUUUGCUACAUCCUCGAAGCUGUGUCAGUGCUGCCUGGUUGUUGUUGAUCUAGUGGCGCUCCUUGGGCUCUGCUUGAGGCUCUGGAAAAGGAUCUCGCCACUCCUGCCGGCCAUGGCUCUGACAGGAGUCCUUCUCCUGCUUUUGUUGAGCAUCAUCUGGCUCACAGUGAUGGUUGGAUACGGUUGGCUUGCCUGGGAAGACCUGCUCUUUGCUGCCUUCAAGUUCAGUGCGGUUGCUGGAUACCUGGUGCUGCUCAUCAGGCUCAGUGCGUGGCUCAAGAAAAGGACCCAUGCACCAGACAGGAGCAAAGAGCAGGAGAGGUCCAGCAGCAGCACGGGGGAGGCUGAGUCCAGCAGCAACACGGGGGAGGCUGAGUCCAGCAGCAACAUGGGGGAGGCUGAGGAGGAAGAAAGAGAAGUUGGCGAUUACGUGGAGCGGCUGGUGAGGGACAAGGUCCGGCGGUCAGCGCGGAGCGUGGCCUACAGGAGAAAGGCAGUGGAGAAGCUGGUGGGCGAUCUCCUCGGUGCCUUGCAGAAGCGCUUGUCCGAGAGCUUCUUCCCAGUGCUGCAGCCAGCCAUCGGGGUGGGCAGCGCCUUUGAAGGCUGGAGUCCCCGUGGGCAUGAUGCUGUGUACACCCUGCUUGUGCCCCUGAAACCCCCCCGUGGGCACGCCUUCCACCUGGAGCUGGGCACUGCGAGGGACGCGCCAGAAAAGCACCGUGUCCAAAAGCACCGUGUCCGUGUGGAGCUGGUGUGCACCUGCACAAAGGACACACGUGUGGGGGACAUGCUGUGCUUUGUCCACCAGCCCUACGAGGCGCUGCAGAGAAAUCAGGAUUCCAGCCUUGUGAACGAGCUCUGCACCGGCCGCUACCUCGAUGCCCAGAAGAUCGCCCGCUGGAUCCAGGGCUUGGUGACCUCAGCCUGGGAGGAGCUGCCUCAUUCACGUCGCUACGGGCUGAGGCUGCUGCCUUCCCGCCGCUCCUGCAAGCUGGAGCUGACCAGUGCCUCCGGGAGAUCCCUCCGUGUGGAGAUGCUCUUUGGGGUGCAGCGCGGCCACUCGGACCUCUUCCUGAGCAGCCAGGCUCCAGAGGCUGUCUUCACCCCAGGCACCAUGUGGGCAGAGAGCUUUGCUGUGGCAGAGGCAAAGUUCUUCAGCCACGUGGCCAGGCAGGCCCCACCUGACAGUGUCCACCUCCAGUGCCUCCAGCUCUGUGCCAGUAGCCUGGCAGGCACAGUCCUUUCCUCCGACAUCUUGAAGACGGUUGUGAUGGAUCUCCUGAGCCUCAUACACGUGACAAGCUGGAUGGGGCCAGUAUUUGUGAUCCGGCUUCAGGAUGUCAUGGCCUACCUGCGCAGCUGCCUGCUGGAGAAACGCCUCGAUCACUUCAUCAUUGGCAACAAGUUCUUGCCCGAGGACAUCCUCUUGGCCCCAGACACCCGAGAAGCUGAGCCACUCAACCUCUUCCAGUGCCUGGCGGAGGAUGCCCAAGCCUACGCGAAGGCACUGGGGGAGUUUGAGGAGCUGCAAGACCAGCUCAAGGACCUUCUGCUCUUCAAAGUCUGAAAGAGGUUUUCACCUCUCACACCACCUCUGUGCA